AUGUUCGGUCUCUCUGUUUACAUCCGGGAAACUAACUUGUCAAACAAAAUGGCCGACGAAGAAACGACAGACCGCGAAGAUGCAAGUAGUUCAUCUGGAAAUAAUAUCUUUGAAAUUCUGCAAAAGCAGUCGAAAGUUGAUGCUUCUAUGCCACAGGUAUGUGUUAAACUUGAAGACAUAGCUGACAUAAACGGAAAAGGAAAGAAAGACCAAUUUCUAUUUCGUAACCUACCAGGACUGCAUGCUGCACACGCUGUCGAUACGAUGUAUGUUUCAUCAGACAGCAAACAUGAUUCUAAUAUGAGUGAAGAUUCGUGUUCGUACUCUGAAACAAAACGACCGCACUUAAUAGUGUCACAACAAGGAGGUCAGAUUCCUGAUCCAUGCAUCAGUCCCGAUACUGGUAAAAGAAAACGCAUACAACACGAUUACAGACGUCUGUCAAAUUCUGGAUAUCUAGAUGAUUAUAUUUGUCGUGAAGGAAGAUUUUCAUCAACAAGUGAUUCGGAUAUUGGAAUUUCUCCAUCACCUCCUAAAAUUAAAGUAAAACCAGUCACAAAUGGGACAUCAACUGGAUCAGGAAAAGUUUCCUCUCCAGUUAAGAAAGAGAUCCCUUUGAACUAUGGAGGACAAGAUAUUAAGGACAGUCCAGUCAAAAUAGAACCACCUGUAGAGAGUUCAGAAAAGAAGCACCACCACUCUCACCCUAAACACCACAAGCACCACAAGCAUAAGCACCACAGUGAAAAAAGACACCACUCAGAUCUGUUCAACCAGUAUAGGGACCAAGGGUCAUCCCCUGGGAAAAGCCUCUCAAGUGAAAUUACAGAAUCUCCACAGAAGACCUAUGUACUUAGUCGUGAUGAUGUCACAAAUACGAUUAGGAUAUCAUCAAGCAAGAAACGGAUCGUUAAUAAUUGUGGGGUGCAGGUGAAUCUUAAGAGGAGAACUGAAAACAAGUAUGUGCAGGUGAAUUUGUCAAGAAGGCAUGAAUCAGCUGGGGUUCAGACUACAGAGAAAGUUAGUGUGAAUGGACAUAGUAUUAAGUCUACUGCAAUCACUGGUCCUAGAGUUUCAAGGGGAGUCCAGACUCAAGCAUCACAAAGUCUGGAAACAAAAACACUAAAAUCAGCUGAAACUUGUCCAAGAGUAUUAGAGGUAAGAGAUGAGCAUAAAAAGACUGAAACUUCAACAGAUUCCAAAGUUGUCAAAGUCCAUUCAAGCAAGGCUUCAGAAGUCAAAGGAGAGCACAGAAAGACUGAAAAAGUAACUGAUUCUAAAUUUGUCCCACGUAGCAAGGAUUUAUCAGUUAUCAAAGACAGCCCUCUUGUGAAAUCAAAAUAUAAGAACCUUAUGCAUUUGGAGCAGUAUCCAAAUGGUGGUGCAUUAGUUCUCCAUGUGUAUCAGAGUGAAAUAUCCAAACUGUCACCUGAGCAGAUGGAGGAGUUUGUGAGGGAUUUCUUUGACUUGGUUUAUGGUGAGUCCACAGAAGGAGUGUCUCACUGCGUCAUGGGCAUCGUUCAUGAUGCUUUAGCUAACAUGCCAGAUUUCAUUGAUUACUUUGCAGAAAAUCACCCAGAAAUCACUGUCAAAGCAGGAGUUCUUGGAAAAUCAGAUAUUGAGACCAUGACCAUGUCAAAAUAUCAGGAGCAAAUGAUUAAGUCCUACAUGAAUGGGACUUUCCGAUGUGGCCCACUCUUACAGAUCAGUUUAGUGGGGACAGUGCAUGAGGAGGUGGGAGGGUACUUCCCAGCAUUUUUAGACAUGCUGGAAUCUGACCCCUUUCUGAAGGUUGUCAUGCCCUGGGGGGUUAGAUCUGUGGUCCCAGACAUGCCCAGGAAUCGCAGUAAUGAUGGUCCCAUUCUGUGGGCUAGGCCAGGAGAACAAAUGGUACCCACUGCUGAUAUGCCAAAGUCACCAUUUAAAAGGAAAAGGGGACUUAAUGAGUUAAAGAAUCUCUCCUACCUCCCUCGAGCCUCUGAACCUCGGGAAAACCUGGUGGAGGAUCGAACCAGGUGCCAUGCCGACCAUGUAGGACAUGGAUUUGACCGAAUGACCACCGCAGCCGUAGGAAUGCUGAAGGCAGUCAAAACCAAAGAGGAAGGCAGCUGUGACUCGCGGGUUGUUAAGGAUGUCAUCUGCUUUCAUUCAGGAGAUUUUGUACAGCUUGUGGACAAAUUACAGCUUGAUCUUCAUGAACCACCUGUGUCACAGUGUGUGGCCUGGGUUGAGGAUGCUAAAUUAAACCAGCUACGCAGGGAUGGAGUACGCUAUGCAAGGAUCCAACUGAGAGACAAUGACAUUUACUUCAUUCCCCGUAAUGUGGUGCAUCAGUUUAAGACAGUGUCAGCUGUGACCAGCAUUGCCUGGCAUUGUCGUCUGAGUCAUUACUAUCCAGAUCUACCAAAAGAGGAGGAGACUUCAGAAGAAACAAUUAUCCAACCAACAGAAUCAGAGAACAAGCCCAAGAGUGUCCCAUUAGAUACAGUACACUCGCAGAAGACUCAUUCUACAAACAUUACUGAAAAGAAGGAGAGGACACAUUCAUCACAUAAUCUGGAGAAGAAAGAAAAGACGGGAAAUCAUGUGACUCCUGUGAAAAAAGACAAGGGGCAUUCUUCUGGGACUUCAGAUAGGAGAGACAAAGUUCCCUCAAGUGGCACUCCUAAGAAGAAGGAGUUACACAAGCAUCAGAGUACAGGAGAGAGGAGUUCCGAAAAAUCUCAUAAACACAGCAGUUCAACAGAAAGUCCAGAGAAAUCCUACAAACAUCACUCAAGUUCAUCCAGUCACUCUGAGAAGUCCUUAAAGAGAUCCCAUGAAGGAGUGUCGGACAAAGAUGGUGAGCUUAAAAAGAAGCAUGUUAAAGACACUCUUCCUGAAAAGGCACUGAAGCAUUCAAGUCUCUCAGAAAAACUUCAUAAACAUUCAGUUUCCAAGUCUAGUCCCUCAAAAAGUCACCAUCAUAGAGAAAAUUCCAAAGAAAAAUCGUCCAAGCAUCACUCAGAUUCACCAAAACGUGAUUACAGUGACAAGUCCAGAAAGCAUCAUUCUAGCUCCUCAGGAAAAGAAAGUAGGGACAAAACACCUGUGAAAAGACCCAGUUCUUCUGUGGAUGGUUCCGGAGAUUCCACACCUGUGAAAAUGUCCAAAACAGAAUGGCAGCAAAGUAGGGAGAAGACUCCAACAAAAUUCCCAAUUUCUUAUUCGAGUUCUGGAGGUGGAAAGGAAGGAAUUCAUCAUCAGCCAACACCAGAAAAACACAGUCACAGUCAUACCUCAAGUCAGUCUGAGAAAGCUCACCCCAUACAGACAUUAAUCACUGGGCAAGACAAUGUUGUUACCAAAAAAAGUGUGAGUGAGAAUACAUUUACUUUAACAAAGGAACCUCAAGGCACAGAAUAUAAGGCGAGAGGUGAAUCUGUUUUAAUCUCACAUUUUGAAAGAAUAAACCACGAUGUUCAGUCUCCAAGCAGGAUAUCAGAGGAUGAGAAAAGUAAUACAGCGUAUAUGAAAAAAAAUGAGAAUUCCCUUCAUCAGGAAGAGAGUAAUGUUUCACACAGUGAAAAGACUGAUGCUACAGAAAAACAAGGAGACAGAAAUGUAUCAGAUGAGCAUGUGCCUGAUGAACAGAAGCCUACAGUGAAUACAACCAAUUCUGAUUCCUAUCCAGCUGUGACUGAUGUAAAUACUUUGUUUGAAAAAGAGUUCAAAGACUCCCCUGUUACGUCCACGUUAGUGGAUCUUCAGAAUAAUGACAAUGUGGAGAUUUCUUUAUCAAACGAGUUGGUGGAAAAUCCACAUAUUGUGGAAAGCAGUGGAGAAGUAGUGUAGGCCUUCACUCUGUAAAAGGAGACAGAAGAUUAGGGUUGUACACGGAUAUACAUGUAUUAUAAUUAUAACCUUUCUGUGUGUUCUUACUGUGUAAAGCUUUUUUUCUAGUUUUUGACUAGUUUUUGAAAAAUAUUGCAUUUUCUGAUAAGAAUAAUUGUUAUGUUUGAGUUAGAGGUGAACCCAUCUCAUCAUUCAUUCUCACUGUACAAAUUUAAACAAGCAGUUUAUUAGUAUUAGCCAAGACUGCAAUUAUCUAACGUAGUUUAGUUAAUAUAAACAUUGUGCAAGAUGAGAGUGAUUGUUUAUAGCUGCCGUCUUACAUGUAAUGAUCCUGUAUUUUUGUGUUUAAUGCAUACUAAAAUAUGGCCAUUACAGAAUUUUAAUAAGAAGGCUGAUAAUGAAAUAUAAAAUCCAGUCAUUUACAUUUUGAUUUUUUACAGUUUAAAAUUGCAAGACAUUUCAACUUUCUCUUCACUUGCUUUCUACAGUUGUACAUAGCCAUGCUAGAGCAUAAAAUUGUGAAAAAACUGCUUUAAUUAACAUUUUAUUUAUUUUUAAAAUUUGAAAUUGCAAGUAAUAAUGAUUUUUUUUUUUUACACAAAGGCAGCUACCUUCUUGUAGGGGAUCAUUUUACCUGCAAGACUUCUACAUUGAAAGAUAAAUGUUUGUAAUCAUGUUCAAUAUUUUAAGUUGAGAUCUCUUUACAAUUGAAAUAGACUUGGAUAAAUGCAAUUUUAUAGAUAAUUUUAAUUCAACUUGUGUGUCACAAAUUUGUUAUACUGUGUAUAUUAUAACUCUCAAGAUGUGUGUGUAUUCAACAUGUUCAAGCAGUCAAAUGAAGUGGUGCAUCUCACAGAAAGCCGUAAGUAAAGUCAAUCAGUUUCUGUUCGAAAAGUGACCACCAGGUACAUAGUAACAAUGACACAACAGUGUUGUACAUCUAGAUUAUACAUACACAAAUUUAUGAUGUCAUUUCAGUAUAAAUGAUGGAUUGUGAAGAUCUCUUUAUAUGUAAUUUGUUUACUAAAAGAAUGUCAUUAAUAUCACAUGUGUUUAAUUUUAAAAAAAAUGGCUUUUUACAAUCCUCAAGGAAAGCACCAGGAUUAAUGUGCAUAAAAAUCAACUUAGAUUUGGAAACAUUAUUUUCUUUGCGCUGUUCUAUUUUUCUGUAUAUAAGUAGUAUAUAGGUAAUUGUCUCAAAUAUUUUGUUUUUCCUUUAAGAUCAUGAAGUGCUACUUUCAAUAAUAUUUGAAAAUGUCUGAUACAUGUUAAUAAACAACAUUUACAACUCA